AUGGACGCCCUAGAAGAAGAGAGCUUCGUGCUGUCCUCCUCUGCCUCUGAUGCAGAAUUUGAUGCUGUGGUUGGGUGUUUAGAGGACAUUAUUAUGGAUGUGGAGUUCCAGUUACUGCAGAGGAACUUCCUGAACAAGUACUACCAGGAGUUUGAAGACACAGAAAAAAAUAAACUCACCUACACCCCCAUUUUUAAUGAAUAUAUUUCCUGUGAAAAGCAGCUGCUGGAACGUAUCCCAGGCUUCAACAUGGCAGCUUUCACAACACUGCAGUACCAUAAGGAUGAAGUGGCUGGUGACAUCUUUGACAUGCUGCUCACAUUCACGAAUUUUCUGGCCUUCAAGGAGAUGUUCCUGUACUACAGAGCAGAAAAGGAAGGCCGGGGACUGGACUUAAGCAGCGGCUUGGUGGUGACUUGUCUGUGCAAAUCCUCUUCUACACCAGCUUUCCAGAACAACCUGCAGCACUAG